ACACGAUUUUUCCAUAUAUUUUUGGAAACGUAAAUUUAUUUCAUAUUUUCAAUAAAAAGUGCAAUAUUAAACCAAAAAUCAUAUUUUAAACGGAAGAAAAAGAUGACUGAAGAAUUUUGUAAAGUCACACGCAAAAAAUGGAUAGCACACAGAGGUUUACAGCGAAGAACAAGGCGUAUUUCUGACAAAAGUUAUGACAAAGAUUGUCCCGAAGUGGAUGUUGACAAAUUUGUAAAGAAAUUGGAAAUAACCUGCCAACAAAUGCAAGACAGUGACUAUUUCACCCAAUCGUUAAUUACGCUCAAGGAAAGUUUAGUGAAAUUACAAGCAGAUGGUGCUCAAGAAACCAUCAAACGUUUAGUUUGUUUUGGCAUUGGUCCCUUCACCCGCAACUUCCAAGCUUUACAUCAACUGGCUUUUAUACUGUCCCUACAAAAGCAGUAUGAUAUAACUGAGGCUUUAUAUUUCGAUCCCAUAUUUCGUCAAAGUGAAAAGGAGGUUUUAGAGAAAUUUAAUUGUUUAGUGAUGAGCGAAAAUUGUGAAGCCAAAUACGAUGCUGAUGUACAAACCAUUUUCUAUAUGCCCCACUGCCCUAAUUGUUUAACCAAUAAUUUGUUGUGGAAAAACUGGCAGGGAAAACAUUUGAAAAAUAUAAUUUUAAUCAAUAACAGUUUUGAUAGUUUGUCGUGUAGCAAACCAGAGAGACUAUUGCGUUUAGAUUCAUCUUAUAUAUUGGAUAUUAUGCCUUAUGCCCAAGAACUACCUUUAGAAGAUGAUUAUGAGGUGCAUAAUGUGUUUAAUGAUCUAUCAAUACAUGUCUUCCCUGAGAAUGAUUUACCUGCUAAAGAUUCGGAAUUUUGGGAAGAGAAAGAGGCUCCUACGUACAAUGAUGUAGAAAUGAUUUAUGCAGAAGAUUUUGCCAAAUUAAGUUUAGAAUAAGUUUAAUGUUUUUUGUUACAAAUA